GAGGGACCCCAGUAACAUCUCUGUCUUUUUCUCCCCUCGCUUCCUGAAUCACCUUACACAAUAGACUUCCCCUCCGAGCGCCAGCCUGAAGGGAAAAGAGGGGGGGUGUACGGUUUCAACAAUGGAAAUUCAAUCAGGAAAUGGAGAGGAGGUGGCGAGGGCGACCUCGGGCUCCGUUUGCCGUCGUCCCUCCGGGCCGCAGGUAGAGGCAUCAGACGAUCCGGUGCUCAGAGAGGACCUGCAGGUUGCCAAGAGGAUUGAGAGGUUCCACAUCCCACUUGAUAGCCUGAAGAGGAUGUUUGAGAAGCCGGCUGCAGCGAGCGCAGAAGUUGCAGCCGUCCACGCCUUCCCGGCCAAAAGACCGACGUCCAGCAGCCUCGCUCAGACGGACCCAUCAGCUCAUCAGACCAUGGCCUCGCCUCAGGACGCCGCUCUCUCUGCAGGCAGCGCCGGUCCAUCCAGGUCAGGACGUCCUGAGGACAGGCCACCGAGCGCCGAGGACCAGGAGGCCGAGCCGGUGUCGGUGAAGGAACGGCUGGCGAUGUACCAGGCUGCCGUGUCCAAGAAAGAAAGCAGCAGCUCCUCCUCUGCUGCGAUGAUGGAUGAGUCGGAGGCCUGUUCGCUGCCCGGUGGUCUGGCCAGCGUGAAGAAACAGUUUGAGAACCAGGAGUUCACGUCUUCGUCCUCCCAGUCCAGCGUCACCCAGAUUCACUUCCAGCAGAGAUCAGUCCAGGAGAUGUCCUCCGAGGUGACAGUGAGGAGCAGUGCCAGAGAAGUCGCCUCCUCCUCCACAACCCUCUCUCAGCAAGAGGUGAUCCAUGAUCAGAGAGUUCACCAGAACAAUGUGGCUGCCAGUUAUGGGAACCAUUACAAUGAAACAGUUAUGCUUGUCGGCGGAGAGGACCUACCAAAGGUUUCCACUCAGGCUUUGAAGCAGCAGUAUGAAAAAACGAUUGAGGAAGCUGCACCAGCCAAGGAAAUUAAGAGAAUUCGAAUUCCAGAGUCCGAACUGUGCAGGGCGUGUCGGAAGAGGGUGUACCCCAUGGAGCUGCUGAUCGCAGACAAACAAAGCUUCCAUAAAAGCUGCUUUCGCUGUGAGCACUGCAGAGGCAAACUAAGUCUCGGCAACUACGCCUCUCUCCAUGGACGAAUGUACUGCAAGCCACACUACAAGCAACUGUUCAAGUCCAAAGGGAAUUACGACGAGGGAUUCGGACAAACGCCGCACAAAGAACUGUGGAACAACAAGAACCAGCAGAACUCAGCUGUAAAAUCACCCACGCCUGAAAGGAAACUCCCCGAUUCCAGAUCUUCUACUGCUCAGGACAGCGAGAUAAACAAAUCAGUGGAUGAGAACAAAAAGCCCACCAGUAAGAUUUCAGUGGUGUGGCCUCCCCAAGCAGAUUCUCCAAAGAAGUCAUUCGCGAUCGAGGAGGAGCUGAAGUUGGUUAAGCCGUCAUGGCCCCCGAAGGAGGGCCCGCCUCAGGAUAAUGACCUCCUAAAUCAGCCGGUAAAACCUUCAUUAAAGGAGAGCGGUGCUCCUGCAGUUACAGUACAAAACGGUCCCCAGGAAAGUAAGCAGGAGCAGGGAAGCACCUGUUCAACGGAGAGCGUGAAAAAGCCUGAAGAGGCUCCAGCAGAGGCUCCGGCCUCCCCAGCAGCAGCCGCCGAGGAACCGACGAGUGCCGCUCACGCCGGAGACGCUGAAGAGCCAAACAGUAGCUCUGAGGCGGCGGCACAAAUGGGUUCAGAAAUGGAGUCUGAAGUGCACCCUGGAGUGGAAGGGAAAGAACAAAGUGAGGAGAAUGAUGGGGGAGCUGGGGGAAAAAGCAUGAAAGCGCCACAGAGAAACGUAGAGGAGAGUGCAGAGAGGGCGGAGGAAGUGAAGGUAAAUGGACAUGAUGGGCGAGGAGAAGGUGCAGGAGUGGAGAAGGAAAAGCAGGAGGAGACGGAUAAAGGAAGGAGUGAGAGCGUGAGCAACGGCGAGUCGGUAAAGGUCACGUUAAUAGACGAGGAGACGACGGCAGGGCAGGCACUGAACGCAAACAACAACAAUAAUAAUACUAAAGCCCAGACAUUGUUUAGUGAGGACGAGGAAGUAGAAAACCAGCACCUCUUUCUGACAGACACGACUGGAGAUUCUUCUCACGAUGAUCCCUGUCAAGAAUCAAAGUGGAUGCCAAGCGAAGUGCUGCAGUUGGCGCAGAGGGACGACGCUUUUGUGCCAUCGGGUGCCAAAUGUACCGAAGCCAGAGACUGCCAUUCAGACGCAGAUUUCUUCACAGAGACGGCCGGGGGAGCGUUGGCUUUCCAACGUGAGGCCGCCGAGCCGCAGGUCAGCACGUCGAGCUUCCUGGAGGACAUCUUCUCCGGCCUGAGCACCGGCAGCUCCAGCCUGCUGUCAGAUUUCAGAUCCGACUUCUUCAGCCAGCCUGCCGGGGAGAGGCCUCUGGCGUUGGCGCUGGACGACCUUUUGGAUUUUGGGAUGGAGGCGAAAGAGGAGACGACUACGAGCUGCAGCAUCGGCGGGGAGGACGCUCCUCUGUGGGCCGAGGACGACGAAGCCCUGACAGUGGAGGAGCAGAUCAAGAGGAACAGAUACUACGACAGCGAGGACAGCGACAAUUCUUAAAUUCAGCCCUUUCAGCGAAUAAACAGGCGACGUGUAACUUCACAUUUCUGUCCAUGGAGAGAUGAACUGCUCUGAUUUCAUUUAGUGUUUUUCUACUGACACCCUCUUUCCUUCUGUAUCCAGCUUUGUUUGAUGCUGAUUGAUGCACCUGGCGUGCACAGAAAUGGAAAUUCGUUCCUGUAUGUUUGUGUUUUUUGCUGACUGAUCUGAACAGGGCUGUGCAUUCAUUGCAAACCCUGUUUUUUUUCUUCGAAUGAAUGCCCGUCAGCUUUCUUUUGUGUCUGAAUAAAGAGUUUCCCCUCUUUUUUUUCUUCAUUUCUAUUUGACUUUCUGGUUGAAAUAAAGCUUCACAAACUCGA